GCCCCCAACUCGUCCCACCCUGGUAGCGGCCACAGCGAGGACGACACCCUGGCACCGGACAAAAUGGUGUCGACAGGCGACACGACUAUUCCGGCAUCCACAUCCGGUGUCGCCGUCAAUGGUAGCGGCGGUGGCACUGGUAUCGACAGUGUGGGAACCACCGCGGGCAGUGCUGGCAGAGAGGUGGGCGAGGAGCAGCGCCUCGGCGACGCUGGUUCUGCCGUUACUGCCAGUACGAAGCCACCGUUCAGCUACACGGAGCUCAUUGCUAUGGCAAUAGAGCAUUCUCCACACAGGAGGGCAUUACUGCCACAGAUCCACGCCUACAUCGCGAGCCACUUUCCGUACUACGGGCCCGACCAGAAGGGGUGGCAGAUGGCGAUCAAGAACAGACUGUCGAGCAGCAAGUGCUUCGUCAAAGUGCCGCAGGAAGUCGACAAGCGCAAGGGGAACUACUGGACGGUCGACCCACAGUAUGAGGACUUGUUGAAAAAGGGCACCUUCCGCCUACAUCGGUCCGUGGGAGUGGUGACCACCCCCGGCGUGACGCACGGACCUGACUCCGCGUACAAAUCGUACCUUGCACGCUGCCAGCAACACCACAACGCCAGCCCGUCAGUACGACCUCAGCCGGUCGAUGUCGCUGACGGGUCACCGUCUGAGCCUUCGGCUCUCCGAGCUGCUGUCGACACUGGGGACGGGAGCAUCUGGGACGAAGACGAAGGUGUCGGAGGUGGCUCUUUGCUACCUUCGACCUACACUUCCUUUCCCGGCUGUGACUACGGGACUGCUGUCCCGACCUCGACAAGCCUGUCGUGCUCCAAAGUUGGCAGCACUGGUCGUGCUACCCCCGACUCGUCCCACCCUGGUGACGGCCGCUGCGAGGAUGACAUUGCGGUGUCGGACGGGACGACGUCUCCAGAUGACGCGGCAGUUCUGACCUCCACCUCUCGUGGCACUGACAACGGAGCAGGCGAGGAGCAGCGCUCGAGCGUGGCUGGCUCUGCCCGUACUGCCAAAAAGAGGCCACUGUUCUCCUACACGGAGCUCAGUGCUAUGGCCAUAGCACAGUCACCAAACAGGAGGGCGAGAGUGUCCGAGAUCUACGCCUACAUCGUGAAGCGAUUCCCCUACUUCAAACGCAAGAAGAGGAUACGACAGAAAGCAUUGAGCAACAACCUGUCUCGUAACAGGUGCUUCAUCAAUGUGCCGCAGAAGGACAGCGCGGGGAAGGGCAACUACUGGAUGCUCGAUCCGAAAUACGAGGAAAAGCUGGAGAACGGUGAAUUCCGUCCGCGGGACAUGAAGCAGCUGUUGCACAGGGGCCUGGGAGUGUCUGUGCCCGUGCGCCGAGAGCACUCGGACCGCGGCCUGCGGCAGCGGCAGCAGACCGGCCUGUCGGAAGACGCCCGGCUGCCAGAGACCGGCGGAGGUGCCGCCGUACCACUUCCCUCGGGCCUGCCUUACACCAGGAACAGUGAUGCCAGCACAACCUCGACCGGUGUGUCGGCCUGUGAGGUUGGCAGCACUGGCCAUUCUGCCCCCGGCUCAUCCCACCCUGGCGCAGGCCGUCACGCGAAUGACAUUCUGGCGGCGGACACGACACCGUCGAUCGUAGAUGUCGGUACUGCGAUCUCCGCAUCCGAUGUGACCGCCGACAGUAACGGUGGUGGCACUGGUGGCAGCACUGGUGGUGCCGGUGGGGCGGGCGAGGAGCGUCUCCUCGGUGACACUGACACCACCCGUACUGCCGACGACAGGCCGCCGUACUCCUACAAGGUGCUCAUUGCAAUGGCAAUAGCACAGUCACCGCACAGGAGAUCGACGAUGUCGGAGAUCUACGCCUACAUCUCGAACCGCUACCCCUACUUCAGACGCAAGAAGAAGAUCUGCCAGAACUCGAUACGCUGCAUCCUGUCGUCCUACAAGUGCUUUGUCAAAGUGCCGCCGGAAAGCGGGGACCGUAAUGGCGCGUACCGCAAUUACUGGAUGCUCGAUCCACAACACGGGGACAUGCUGGAGAACCGAAAAUGCCGCUCCCGGAAUGUGAAGCGGUCAUUCCGCAGGGGCUCGGCAGCGUCAGUGCCUCUGCGCCACAGCCAGCUCCGACACCACAGUCGCCGACCCCACCAGCCGCAGCACCACAGUGGCGUGUCGGAGCAGCCCCAGCUGCUGGAGACUGGAGGCAGCACCGUUCCACUCCCCACCUACCCGCACUACGCCAGGUCUACUCAGAUUUCUGAUGAAAAUGACAGUGCUUCAGUUGAAGAAAGUAAUCUUCAGAAUGUGACCCACGAUGAAUUCGUGAUGCCACAAGAGGUGUCAACACACUUCGGAAGUUACUGUGUUCCAGCACAAGGAAUUACCACACAAGAGGAUAAUUUCCUCUGCAGUACAGAUAAUACUGAUCCACUUGCUGAUAAUCAACUUAUCAUUUGUGACCCACGGAGCAUUAAGAAAGAGGUUUUUGAAGAAUGUGUCCCAGAGUUCAGUGACUGUAAUGAAGAGGAUCCAGAUGUAUAUUUAGGGGUGGAUUCAACUGAGAUUGAGGAGGCAGACACAAGAGGACACACUUCAGAUAUGACACGAAACAGUAAAGCCACCACUGCCUCGAGCAGUCUGUCGGUGUCUGAUGUCGGCUGCACUGGCCGGGCUACACCUGGCAGCAGCCACUGGGACAACACCACUCCGGCUUCAGACGUAACGGCGUCGCCACGUGACGCCAGUACACCGACCUCUGCAUCCGGUGUCACAGCCGACAGUAGCAGCAGUGGUGCUAACACCGGCAGCGGGGGAGCGACCGCGGGCAGUGCGUCCGUUGGCGCAGGCGAGCAGCAGCUCUUCGGUGACGGUGGCUCCGCCAGUUCUGCCAGUACUGAGCCGUCGCCAUUCUUUUACACGAGGCUCAUCGCUAUGGCCGUACGGCAAUCACCGCACAGGAAGGUGACGCUGUCAGAGAUUUUUGCCUACAUCUCGAGUCACUUCCCCUACUUGGAACAGGAAAAGGAGUCCUGGCAGAAAUCGAUUCGUGUCAGCCUAUCGUUCAGCAAGUACUUCGUCGAAGUGCCACGGGAGGACGGUGAUCGGGAGGACGGAAGCUGCAACUACUGGACGCUCGACCCACAGUGUGAGGACGUUUUGGAGAAUGACAAAUUCCAUUACUGUCACGAGAAGUGGCCAUUCUGCAGAGGCCCGACAGCAGUAGAGGCCGAAGGUGGGGGCGGCACCCCACUGCUCUCUGCCCACCCGCAGCACACCAGCACGGCUGCUGCAACCUCACCGGGUGGCGGCCACUGCGAGGACGACAUUGUGGUGUCGGACACAAUGACACUGUCAGGUGACGCUGCUACUGUGACCUCCACCUCCGGUGACAGCGGCAUCGACGGCACCAGUAAUGGCACGGGAGGAGCCACUGUGGGUAGUUCUGGAAAUGGAACAGAGGAGUUGCAGCUGUCUGGUGAUAGCAGCUCGGCCACUACUUCCGACAGAAAGCCACCGUUCAGCUACGAGGAACUGACUGCUAUGGCCAUCAUGAAGUCGCCACACAGGAGGGCAACGGUGGCUGAGAUCGUCACCUACAUCGCGAGUCGCUUCCCUUUCUUCAAGCGCAGUGAGAAGAGCUGGCAGAGCUCGAUACAGUGCAAACUAUACUUCAGCAAGUACUUCCUCAAAGUGCGGCUGGAGGGCAGGAACUACAAGGGCAAGCGCUUCAACUACUGGAUGCUGGACCCACAAUACGGGAACACGUUUGACGACGGCAACUUCUUUCGACGACAGUGUGUGGAGCAGCCCCCAUCUAGGAGCCGCGGCCCCGAGGCCGCAGACGUCGCCGUCGGUAAUGGUGCCGCGUUGUCGCCUGACUACCCACACUGUACCCGGUACGAGCACAGCACCGCCACCGCAACCUCGGCCAUCCUCUCGGCCUCCGAGAUUGACAGCGCCGAUCGGGCAGCCCCAGACUCGUCCCACCCCGGUGGCACCUUCCGUGAGGACGACAUUCCGGCGUCGGACGUGAAGACUUCGACAGACGGUGCCGCUACUCUUAACUCCCCGUGUGGUGGCAUCGGUAACGGUCGGAGGGGGAGCUCUGUGGGCAGUUCUGCCAAUGGAGUGGGUGAGGAGCGGCCCUCCAGUGACACUGGCUCGGCGAGUAUCGCCCGCAGCAAGCCACCGUUCCAGUACGAGGAGCUAAUUGCAAUGGCCAUAAUGAAGUCACCGCACAGGAGGGCAACGCUGUCGGAGAUUAAUGCCUACAUUGCGAGCUGCUUCCCAUAUUUCGACCGCAACAAGAAGAGCUGGCAAAGCUCAAUACACUGCAAACUGUGCUUCAGCAAGUACUUCAUCAAAGUGCCGCUGGAGGGCAGGAACUACAAGGGCAAGUGCUUCAACUACUGGAUGCUCGACCCACAGUAUGAGGACAUGUUUGAGCGUGGCAACUUCUGUCAACGACAGCACGCGAAGCAGCCGUCCUCCAGGAGCCGCGGCUGUGAGGGUGCAGAUGUCAGCAUCGGAGGUGGUGGCGUGUCGUCGUCUGGCGGCCCCCACUGUGCCAGCUACGAGCACAGCACUGCCACCACAACCUCUGCCACCGUUGUGAUCUCCGACGUUUACGGCACUGUCCGGCCUGCCGCUGACUCGUUCCUACUCGGCGGCGGCCACCCUGAGGACGACAUCCCGGUGUCGGACACGGUGACGUCGACAGGCGGUGCUGCCGUUUUGACGUCCACAGCUGCUGACACCGGCAACAGCCGCAUUGACGACACCGGUGACAACGGUGACGCCGACGGAGUGGAGGGCGAGCAGCCCUCUGGCGAUGCUGGCUCGGCCGGUACUGUCGACAGAAAGCCACCGUUCCGUUACGAGGAGCUAAUUGCUAUGGCCAUACUGAAAUCGUCACGCAGGAGAGCGACAUUGAAAGAGAUCAACACCUACAUCGCGAGCCGCUUCCCCUACUUCAAGCGCAGCGAGAAGAGUUGGCAGAGCUCGGUGCAGUGCAAGCUGUACUUCAGCAAGUACUUCCUCAAAGUGCCGCUGGCGGUCAGGAACCGCAGGGGCAAGCGCUGCAACCUCUGGAUGCUCGAUUUUAAUAAUGGCAAUCUGACCUUGGCAGCCUGA